AUGUGUCUAGUCACCACAAUCUUCGCUUACACCAAAAUUUUCCUCACUCUUCGUCACAACCAAAUUCAUGUUGACCAUGUUCAGAGCCAUGUUUUUCCAGGACAACCAAGUCAAGCAAUUCCACAUAACAUAGCUCGACACAGAAAGGCAGAAAUACGAAUAAAAUAACAAGAAUCUAUAUGUGUCGUGAAUUUUUAUAUACUGGGCUAUAAAACAUAUAUCAACAUAAAAAACAGUCAGGUGUUUCAAAUGAUCACGGACGCUCGUUUAAAAAAGACAUGAGCUAUAAUCAAAACUAUCCUAAAGAGAAUUUUUCUUAGUUGCAAGUUAGAAUGGAUAUCUUUAUUUAUUUUAUAUCUAAUUAUUAUUGAUAGUUAUGGGGCUCACUCAAUCGAAACCUAUCUCAGCCGACCCGAAAAUUAUAAACAAACCAGUUUGACAUGUUUGGACUGUUAAGACUUCCUUCCUACAAGGAAACUCUAUGCAAACGUCUGUCACAGCUGGCUGCGCACGAUUAGCAAUUGGUGUUGAAGUACAUAACAAGUAUUGCCCAGUCGAAUGUUUACUAAACGAGAUGUCGUGUGGUACGACUAGAAAUUGAAUUAAUUCAGUUUUUUCCUCAAAGUUUUGUAAAAAAAAAAAAAAAAAUAAAAAUUAAAACAAGAAGAAUUGACAAAGGUCAUUAUCGCUACUAUACUUGUUAUGUACAUGUACUACUGAAAACUCAUUAAAUUUUUUUCAUCGUCAGUGAGUUAGUUUCCUGAACAGGCUCAUUAAAGUUCGGUGUCAGCUUGAAACACUUCAUUGUUUUUGCUAAACCCUGACUACAACUUGUAAAAACAAAAUAAAACUUCCUUUCUACAUGGAAACUCUUUGCACGGUCAAAGCUGGCCGCGCACAAUUAGCAAUUUAAAUAGUUUAUACAUGUACAUAACAAGUAUAGCCUCAGUAUAGUCGAAUGUUUAGUAAACGAGAUGUCGUUAUAAAGUUUUCAACAGCGCGCGUUUUGCUUUUCAUAACAGACCCAAAAACUAAAGGCUCUUGCCAAGUUUCUUUUUCCAGCCAUCUGAAUUGGGUUUAAUAACUCACAUGUAUUACGCUCUGUUAGGAAAAUUCUGAUGACUCAAGCAUAUUUGCAUGCAGCUUAAUAAGUUGAAUUAGCCGAAUUGCCAGGGGCACCCAACGAGAAUAUAGUUCAAACCACUUAAACAUAGCAUUGUUAAACGUGUUUUAGUAUUUAAACGGUGGAUAUGGGUACAUUUUUAUCCCCUAUAAAUUUUUCAUCUGUUCGGAUUUCCUAGCUGAAAGUCUAGUGUUUCGAAAAUUAUAGGGAUCAAAACUUACCUUUCCGAAAAUUUCAGCCAGAAAAAAAAAAAAAGGCCGAAAAUUCUAGGUGACCUUUUUAGGGUAAAAAUCCGUUAAAAUGGGCAAUUUUACCAUUUUUUAGAUGUUCGAAAAUCCUAGGAGAGGCAGGCAAGCAAGAAAUUUUACAACAAAUGUUCCGAAAAUUCUAGAUCUCAAAUCGUCUUCCGAACAGAUAUUUUUCCGAAAAUCGUCGUUGGGUGCCCCUGAAUUGCUGGAACUCGGACAGCGAUGUUAAUGAAGAAAACGUCAUACAGACUUUUUGCACCGACAUUAUAUUAAGACCUAAAAAGUCAUUAAAAUGGCUCGUGAGUCAGUUUCACCCGGCUCAUUAUAGUUCGACUAAUGUUUGUUUGAAAAACUAGACAACUUUGCUGAAUCCUUUUCCCUUGUGUGGUAGGACUAAAAACAGAAUUAAUUUUUUUCCUCAAAGUUUUGUAGAAAAAAUUAAAACAAGAAGAAUUUACAACGGUCAUUAUCUCACAUCCAUAACAGAUAACAAAAUUAGCCCACACAGUUUGAUGUGUUUACCUACUGUUUUUAACUUCCUUUACUACUGUAAAAUCAUUAAAAUCGUCAGUGAGUUAGUUUCAACAGGCUCAUUAAAGUUCGGUGUCAGCUUGAAACACUUCAUUGUUUUUGCUAAACCCGGAAUACGACUUUUAAAAACAAAAUAAAACUCAUCUCUUUUGUUUUUGUUUUUGUUUGAAACACGGAUCGUGGUAAUUACAGAAGAAUUAACAAACAAAAUAACCUCGUGAAAGCACAUGCACUGAGAUCCCUACUUGAGUGCUAAUUGUUGUAAACAUGUGGAUAUCUUUUUCCAGCCAUCUUAACCAUAUGUGUGGUCAGUGCGUAGUGCAUAUACACCUGAUUGCCAUGAACAUGUCUUAGAAAAAUGGUAAAGGAGAAAUGAAAAUAGAAAAAGCCAAAUAGGAAUUAAUUAGGCCUGCUAUAUCUAAUAAAUCUAGAAAGGAGUUAGAAAAACCGGAGCAUUUAUUUGUUGCGUAGGCGUUUUGGGAGCAUAGAAGUGAAGUCAGUACGCGUAUGUCGAAAAUAAAUUCACUAUAUAGCGGUUUAACGGUAAGCCUAACUAAUUUCGAUUUGUUUUUUGCAUUUUUAAUUUCAGUUCCUUUUAGCUGAUUUAACUAUGACAACGCAAUUGCAAUUGGGUGUAUAUACAGUAUAUCGCUUAAUUUUUGGGAAGGAGUGAUGGCUCAAGCUUAUCACUUGAGUUAUUGGAAUUUCCUUCAAAUUGUAUUUACUGCGACGUCAAGUUACCAAUGCGCCGCCAACAUAAGACCUAAAAAGUUAUUGAAAUCAUCCUUGAGUUUAAGUAGUUUAAGUUUCCUGUGACAUGACACCUGGCUCAUAGUUCGGUCAGUUAGAUUGAAAAAGUAUCGAGACAACUUUGGCCCUGUGAGCUUUUUUUUACGUUUAACAGAUAUUUUCCCAAAAUUGACGUUGGGUGCCCCUGAUUGAAAAAGUACCGAGACAACUUUGCUCGACCUUUCUUGGCCCUGUGAGCUUUUUUUUACGUUUAGUUAAUAGUUUGGUGAGUUUUUGCACGUUUAUGACUCUAUAAAUUACUGCUGAUCAUGGUUUAUUAAUACGCGACAAAUUAAGUAUAUAGUUAUGAAACGUGGAUCAUGCAUCAUGCAUCAUUCUUUACCGAAGCAACCUUAAUUGAAAUAGAUGGAUGAAUAAAGCCCUCACUUCCCGGCUCAGCUUCGCAGAGGAAUAUGGCACUGACAAAUUUUACCGAAUAUGAAAACAAGAAAACAGUCUUUGAAUUGUUCUGCUCGGUGGAAUUAAUCAGAGGUGUAGAUGGCAAACUUAUCUUUCUUUCAGCUCUAAAUAUCUUUUUUUCCGUCACUGCAUUUCUGGGGAACACUCUGAUCCUAGUUGCCCUACACAAGGAAACUUCACUACAUCCGCCGUCCAAACUCCUGUAUCGUAACCUAGCGAUAACUGAUCUCUGUGUUGGUAUCAUUGCUGAGCCUUUGGCUGUGACUUACUUUACUUCUGUUGUAAACGAAAGAUGGGAUAUUUGCUAUCACGCAAAUUGGGCAAAAGAUUUCUCAAGUUAUACUUUGUGUUCAGUAUCUUUAUUAACAUUGACUGUAAUAAGCGUGGACAGACUUCUCGCCUUGUUGCUGGGUCUCAGAUACAGACAAGUUGUAACUUUGAGAAGAACGUUUAUAACUGUGAUUGCUUUAUGGAUUUUGUCCAUCGUUGGUGCCUGCACUAAUUUUUGGAAUCGUCGCAUAACUUCAUGGUGUAUAUACAUAAAUACAGCUCUGUGUCUAGUCACCACAAUCUUCGCUUACACCAAAAUUUUCCUCACUCUUCGUCACAACCAAAUUCAUGUUGACCAUGUUCAGAGCCAUGUUUUUCCAGGACAACCAAGCCAAGAAAUUCCACCUAACAUAGCUCGACACAGAAAGGCAGUGAACAGUGCACUGUGGAUACAGGUAACAUUGGUUGUUUGUUAUCUGCCGUUUGGUAUAGUGGUCGCUUUGACACCUCAGAGAGGGAUGCCUUUAUCGAGCUACCUUACUCGGAACUUUGCGGCUACCAUCGUUUACUUAAACUCAUCGUUAAACCCGUUUCUGUACUGUUGGAAGAUCAGAGAAGUGCGGCAAGCUGUGAAAGAAACACUAAGGCAACUCUUCUGUUGAUCGAGUUGGUUUUCUAUGCAUUCUACAAUCUUGGACAAAAGUCCUUUGGACAGUACUUCAAUAUUCAUAUUGUUCUGUCAUUUCUCGGUUCCCUCAAUAAAACAGUGCAUCAUUUUCGAAAUUUUUUUGCAGUUCUCCCUCCCCCCACCCUAUACAAAGUUGAAACUCUCAAAACAUUCUGGAUACACGCGUCCAACAUUGUUUGUGAGGUGAGGGGAGGGGUUGUGGACCUGUAUGAAUUGGAGAACGCCCCAGAAACGCAAAAGUGUCCCAAGACUUUUGUCCAUGAUUGUAGCUGUUAAUUCAUGCUAAUCCUCGUUAAGUAAAACUAGAGCUCGUCGCUUGUAAAACGAGAGUGGUCGCAAGGAGAGCUUCGACUGUAUUUGUAUCGGCCGAAUUAACAUGUCCGUCAUAUAACUAUAAGAAACGAAUAUAGUUGUCAGUCGGUGAAGUUUUCAUUUUACAUCUUAUAACAAAAUAAGCAACAGAUACCUAAGUUACCGCAGCCCACACAGUUUGACAUGUUGUUUGGGCGCCGACUGUUAAGACUUCCUUUUGGCUACAGGACUAAAUACUUAUUAAAAUCGUCAGUGAGUUGUUUCAGGUUUCAGCAGGCUCAUUAAAGAUCAGCGUCAGCUUGAAAAACAGAACAACCUCGUGUCUGAUUACAACUUUUAAGAACAAAAUAAACCUCAAGAGCUCUUUUAUCUUUUGUUAGAAACAGGAUCGUGAUAAUUACUAUUCAAAAAAUUAGCAAAUGAUAUAACCGCGUAAAUACCUACCUUAGCUAAUUACAUAAGUUACUAAAAGAGGGUCUGGAUGGAGGGGGGAGGGGGUACAAAUGUCAGCAGUCAGUUAAAAUUUUGGCCAUUUGACAGUUAUCAGCUACAUUUUGGGCUUUUUGUUAGUUGUCAGUGAAAUGGUUAUUAAUGAUUAGCUAUAAAACGUAUUUGUAUAUUUUUGAUGCGAAAUCUAGCUUGAAAGGCACAUAUAAUGUAAAUCAAUAUUAAAUUCGAAAACUGAUGCAAUAGUACCAAAAUUUUUUAUCAGUUUUGCUAUUGUACAUAUAUCAUUACAAGUGGGCCUCCAUUUCUCAAGUCUUUUCCAACCAUUAAGCCAUCAAAAUUUAUACCUUCAGAAUAUUGUAUACGCAUCAUGCCUGUAGACUAAAGACAUCAAUCUCAGGCAUCGAGGACAAUUUCUCACGCCUGACUCACAAAUCCAGACAAAUUAUUCUUAAACACAUGAUGGCUUUGUGUUUUUUUUUUUGUUCUAACGAAAUCAAAACACCCCAAAAUUGUCGUUUUUUAAGCAGCUUCGGAAGUGCUCCAUCGUCUUCCGGAACAUCUGCGUACAUUUAAAUUUCGGUAACUUUCGGAAGUCUUCGGAAAUUCGUCGGAAAUAUUCGGAAUUAGCCGGGGCGUUUCAGGAAAUCCCGGUCAUGACAAGGUGAAAAUCUCACGCAUUUGACUCACAAAAAGUUGGCAAGUAUAAUUUUAGGACGUAGAUUGUAAGAAGAUCAAGAAAGACCGCAUCUGAAUCGCCUCGGUAAUAACUUGCAAUUGCUUUUCUAGCACCCUCAUUAGCAGCAUCGUACGCCGGCGCGUUCUCAGAGGAGCGUAAAUUUGAGAUCAAAGGUCAUUUGCAUCAGACGGUACAUGACACACAUGGGUUUAACAGUAAAUAAUUAACGAAAUAUGACACUUAAGCGUCUUGCUGCUAAGAUCACCCGCCCCUAAAAAGUCUUAUUUGAUCACGCUGUCUUACGAAAAGAGUGCAACAAUGCUAUUUAAGGCCUUAAAACGGGUUUUGUAGAGGAUCUUUCGCGCGCGAAGCGCGCUCAGCGGAGCACCACGGGUAAGAAAAUGUGGUAAACUACCCAUCCGAGAAAAUUUGAUAAUCACUUGACCGUACACCGACCGACCGACCGAUCGCCCGAGAGUCCGUCCGCACCACAGGCAUACCAAUGUAAAAUAAUUCAAUCAACAUAUGGCAACCGAAAUGCAACUCAAGGUUUUAUUUGGAAAGAAAUCGCAUGCCCGCCCGGACUUUAAGAAAGAAAAAACAACAGUAAAUUCGUGUCUUUUUCGACGUUAUUUUUGAUGUUUACACUCACGUGGAUAACAGAGAAAGAGCUAGCGCGAGUGACUGAAAACAAAAGAGACGAAUUUUUUUGGAAGAAAAACACGAAAAUUCAAAGCGGCGGUGAGACAAUGACAAAUGCUAGCGGCCAGCAAGGUGAAAAUGAGGGGCAGUGAAAAAUAAAGGCGAACUUGAACACAGGUAGCUGUAGCGUUAUCAACUCAAAAAGAGAUGUUAUUAUCUACUUACCUUACUAUUAUUUUUACUGGUACCUUGGUUUACUUAAACUAGUCAUUGAACCCGUUGCUGUACUGUUGGAAGAUCAGAGAAGUUUGCUAGGCAUUCCAGCUCUCUCUUGCCAGCUCUCAGAAUAAUUAACAUUAGCAUGCAAAUGAAAGAUAUUAAAAGCGCAUCGACGUUUAAAGCCAGCACUUCCGGAGCACUCAACAUAUUAACAUAAAUAAAAUUGCCUCUCUGAUACUGGUACAAGCAUCUCUUUAAUGAUUAACGCAUCCUACAGGUUACCCUCUCCAGAGCCCCGCGAGGUUAUGCGAUUGCCUAGUCCCCAGGCUCAUUAGUCCGCGGGGCUAACGUAAACGAAACGCAUAGCAAGAAGGCCUGGGAUGUAAGCAAUUUGCUAUACACGUAAUUGUUGUGUAUAAGAUGUGGCCAGAUAGUUGUUUUAGUAAACUACUGUGGGUAUUGACUACACAAUAAAAUUUUGCAUUUUGCCAAACAGGUCACAAAAGAAAAUUUGUAGCAUGUGUCACACAUUCGUUUUUGUUUGCGAAAAAAUGUUUCCUUUUGGCGUGAAAGCAAAUCCACACGACCACAUUUAAAUGUUUUGAAAAGAAGUUCUACCAUCGUACUAUGUAAUACACCCGAAAAACCUAGCUUUAUUAUGAUGGCGUACAAGAACUUUAUCGGUAAGUACUAACUGUGAAUGCUUAACCACUUGGACAAACGACCGCGAAGUAAAGCCGGAUCUUGGUGUUGAUCAGGAUCAGUAAUGAGAAUAAAACGUAAAAGCAAAUGCAAGCUGGCAGCCAAAAGAUAGAGUAUUGCUUAAUUGCCCGAUAUUUUGGUUUGACAAUACUAUCCUUCGUCUGGGGCUGCAAAAAGCAAUAAUAAAUUGUUAUAAAUAAGCGGUUGAAAAAAGAAGACAAAUUGAGGUGAUAAUCAAAAUGAGUAGAAAAAUAUUGUUGCCAUUGUGAAUAUCUUUAUUUUGUACCCAAACAUUAUUGAUAGUUAUAGGGUUUCGUUCACUUAGACCAUAUAUGGAAACGUGUGUCCUUAUAGAUAUCGCUAUUUUGCUUUAGUAAAGGAUGAGUUGGACAAUUAAAAAUACGAAUAAAAUAACAAGAAUCUAUGUGUGUCGUGAAUUUUAAUAUACUGGGCUAUAAAAGAUAUAUUGACAUAAAAAGAAGUCGGCAGGUGUUUAAAAUAAUUAGGAACGCUCGUUCAAAAAAAAGACAUGAGCUAUAAUCAAAACUAUUCUAAAGAAAAUUUUUCUUAGUUGCAAGUUAGAGUGGAUAUCUCUAUUUUAUACCUAAUUAUUAUUGAUAGUUAUGGGGUUCACUCAAUCGAAACCUAUCUCAACCGACCCGAAAAUUAUAAACAAACCCGUUUGACAUGUUUGGACUGUUAAGACUUCCUUUCUACAAGCCCCGAAACUCUAUGCACACGUCUGUCAAAGCUGGCUGCGCACGAUUAGCAAUUGGUGUUGAAGUACAUAACAAGUAUUGCCCAGUCGAAUGUUUACUAAACGAGAUGUCGUGUGGUACGACUAGAAACUGAAUUAAUUCAGUUUUUUCCUCAAAGUUUUGUAAAAAAAAGUUGAUAAAAAUUAAAACAAGAAGAAUUGACAAAGGUCAUUAUCGCUACUAUACUUGUUAUGUACAUAUAGUACUGAAAACUCAUUGAAUUUUUUUCAUCGUCAGUGAGUUAGUUUCCUGAACAGGCUCAUUAAAGUUCGGUGUCAGCUUGAAACACUUCAUUGUUUUUGCUAAACCCUGACUACAACUUGUAAAAACAAAAUAAAACUUCCUUUCUACAUGGAAACUCUUUGCACGGUCAAAGCUGGCCGCGCACAAUUAGCAAUUUAAAUAGUUUAUACAUGUACAUAACAAGUAUAGCCCCAGUAUAGUCGAAUGUUUACUAAACGAGAUGUCGUUAUAAAGUUUUCAACAGCGCGCGUUUUGCUUUUCAUAACAGACCCAAAAACUAAAGGCUCUUGCCAAGUUUCUUUUUCCAGCCAUCUGAAUUGGGUUUAAUAACUCACAUGUAUUACGCUCUGUUAGGAAAAUUCUGAUGACUCAAGCAUAUUCGCAUGCAGCUUAAUAAGUUGAAUUAGCCGAAUUGCCAGGGGCACCCAACGAGAAUAUAGUUCAAACCACUUAAACAUAGCAUUGUGAAACGUGUUUUAGUAUUUAAACGGUGGAUAUGGAUAUAUUUUUAUCCCCUAUAAAUUUUUCAUCUGUUCGGAUUUCCUAGCUGAAAGUCUAGUGAUUCGAAAAUUAUAGGGAUCAAAACUUACCUUUCCGAAAAUUUCAGCCAGAAAAAAGGCUCCCGAAAAUUCUAGGUGACCUUUUUAGGGUAAAAAUCCGUUAAAAAUGGGCAAUUUUACCAUUUUUUAGAUGUUCGAAAAUCCUAGGAGAGGCAGCAAGCAAGAAAUUUUACAACAAAUGUUCCGAAAAUUCUAGAUCUCAAAUCGUCUUCCGAACAGAUAUUUUUCCGAAAAUCGUCGUUGGGUGCCCCUGAAUUGCUGGAACUCGGACAGCGAUGUCAAUGAAGAAAACGUCAUACAGACUUUUUGCACCGACAUUAUAUUAAGACCUAAAAAGUCAUUAAAAUGGCUCGUGAGUCAGUUUCACCCGGCUCAUUAUAGUUAGACUAAUGUUUGUUUGAAAAACUAGACAACUUUGCUGAAUCCUUUUCCCUUGUGUGGUAGGACUAAAAACAGAAUUAAUUUUUUUCCUCAAAGUUUUGUAGAAAAAAUUAAAGCAAGAAGAAUUUACAACGGUCAUUAUCUCACAUCCAUAACAGACAACAAAAUUACAGAGCCCACACAGUUUGAUGUGUUUACCUACUGUUUUUAACUUCCUUUACUACUGAAAACUCAUUAAAAUCGUCAGUGAGUUAGUUUCAACAGGCUCAUUAAAGUUCGGUGUCAGCUUGAAACACUUCAUUGUUUUUGCUAAACCCUGAAUACGACUUUUAAAAACAAAAUAAAACUCAUCUCUUUUGUUUUUGUUUUUGUUUGAAACACGGAUCGUGGUAAUUACAGAAGAAUUAACAAAUAAAAUAACCUCGUGAAAGCACAUGCACUGAGAUCCCUACUUGAGUGCUAAUUGUUGUAAACAUGUGGAUAUCUUUUUCCAGCCAUCUUAACCAUAUGUGUGGUCAGUGCGUAGUGCAUAUACACCUGAUUGCCAUGAACAUGUCUUAGAAAAAUGGUAAAGGAGAAUUGAAAAUAGAAAAAGCCAAAUAGGAAUUAAUUAGGCCUGCUAAUAAAUCUAGAAAGGAGUUAGAAAACCCGGAGCAUUUAUUUGUUGCGUAGGCGUUUUGGGGGCAUAGAAGUGAAGUCAGUACGCGUAUGUCGAAAAUAAAUUCACUAUAUAGCGGUUUAACGGUAAGCCUAACUAAUUUCGAUUUGUUUUUUGCAUUUUUAAUUUCAGUUCCUUUUAGCUGAUUUAACUAUGACAACGCAAUUGCAAUUAGGUGUAUAUACAGUAUAUCGCUUAAUUUUUGGGAAGGAGUGAUGGCUCAAGCUUAUCAUAAACUUUUAAAAAACUUGAGUUAUUGGAAUUUCCUUCAAAUUGUAUUUACUGCGACGUCAAGUUACCAAUGCGCCGCCAACAUAAGACCUAAAAAGUUAUUGAAAUCAUCCUUGAGUUUAAGUAGUUUAAGUUUCCUGUGACAUGACACCUGGCUCAUAGUUCGGUCAGUUAGAUUGAAAAAGUAUCGAGACAACUUUGGCCCUGUAGGCUUUUUUUUACGUUUAACAGAUAUUUUCCCAAAAUUGACGUUGGGUGCCCCUGAUUGAAAAAGUACCGAGACAACUUUGCUCGACCUUUCUUGGCCCUGUGAGCUUUUUUUUACGUUUAGUUAAUAGUUUGGUGAGUUUUUGCACGUUUAUGACUCUAUAAAUGACUGCUGAUCAUUGUUUAUUAAUACGCGACAAUUAAACGUAUAUAGUUAUGAAACGUGGAUCAUGCAUCAUGCAUCAUGCAUCAUUCUUCACCGAAGCAACCUUAAUUGAAAUAGAUGGAUGAAUAAAGCCCUCACUUCCCGGCUCAGAAAUAUGGCACCGACAAAUUUUACCGAAUAUGAAAACAAGAAAACAGUCGAUGAACUGUACUGCUCGGUGGAAUUAAUCAGAGGUGUAGAUGGCGAACUUAUAUUCCUUUCAGCUCUUCAUAUUUUUCUUUCCGUCACUGCAUUUCUGGGGAACACUCUGAUCCUAGUUGCCCUACACAAGGAAACUUCACUUCAUCCGCCGUCCAAACUCUUGUAUCGUAACCUAGCGAUAACUGAUCUCUGUGUUGGUAUCAUUUUGGAGCCUUUGUAUGUGACUUACCUUACUUCUGUUGUGAACGAAAGAUGGGAUAUUUGCUAUCACGCAUAUUGGGCACAAACUUUCUUAAGUUAUAUUCUGUGUGCAGUAUCUUUAGUAACAUCGACUGCAAUAAGUGAGGACAGACUCCUCGCCUUGUUACUGGGACUCAGAUACAGACAAGUUGUAACUUUGAGAAGAACGAGAAUAACUGUGAUUGCUUUAUGGAUUUUGUCCAUCAUUAGUGCCUGCACUAUUUUUUGGAAUCCUCUUAUAUUUGCAUGGUAUCAGCACAUAGGUACAGCUCUGUGUCUAGUCACCACAAUCUUCGCUUACACCAAAAUUUUCCUCACUCUACGUCACAACCAAAAUCAUGUUAACCCUGUUCAGAGCAAUGUUUUUCCAGGACAACCAAACCAAGCAAUUCCACUUAACAUAGCUCGAUACAGAAAGGCAGUGAACAGUGCACUGUGGAUACAGGUAACAUUGGUUGUUUGUUAUCUGCCGUUUGGUAUAGUGGUCGCUUUGACACCUCAGAGAGGGAUGCCUUUAUCGACCUACCUUGCUCGAAAUUUUGCGGGUACCAUCGUUUACUUAAACUCAUCCUUAAACCCCUUUCUGUACUGUUGGAAGAUGAGGCAAGUGAGGCAAGCUGUGAAAGAAACACUAAGGCAACUCUUCUGUUGAUCGAGUUGGUCUUCUAUGUAUUCUACAAUCCUUCACCAUAGUCCUUGGGACAGUGCUGCAAUAUUCAUAUUUUUCUGUCAUUUCUCGGUUUCCUCUUAAAACAGUGCAUCAUUUUCGAAUUUUUUUUGUUGUUCUCCCUCCCCCACCCUAUAAAAAAGUUGAAACUCGGAAAAAAUUCUGGAUACACGCGUCCAACAUUGUUUGUGGGGUGAGGGGAGGGGUUGUGGAUCUGUAUGAAUUGGAAAACGCCCCAGAAACGCAAAAGUGUCCCAAGACUUUUGUCCAUGAUUGUAGCUGUUAAUUCAUGGUAAUCCUCGUUAAGUGAGAUGGUCGCUUGUAAAACGAGAGUGGUCGCAAGGAGAACUUCGACUGUAUUUGUAUCAGAAUUAACAUGUCCGUUAUAUAGCUAUGAGAAACGAGUAUAGUUGUCAGUCGGGGAAGUCUUCAUUUUAGAUCUUAUAAGAACAUAACAGUUAAGCCCACACAGUUUGACAUGUUAUUUGGGCGCCCACUGUUAAGAUUCCUUUUGGCUACAGGGCUAAAUACUAAAUAAAAUCGUCAGUGAGUUGUUUCAGCAGGCUCAUUAAUGUUCGGCGUAAGCUUGAAAAACUGAACGACCUCGAGUGUGAUUGCAACUUUUUGUUUCUUAAAAGGACAAAAUAAAACUCAAGAGCUCUUUGGUUUUUUCGUUAGAAACAGGAUCGUGAUAAUUACUGUUCCAAGAAUUGGCCAAUAAAAUAACCGAGUAAAUACCUAGCCUUGGCUAAUUACAUACCGUAAGUUACCAAAAGAGUGUCUGGAUGGGAGGGGGGAAGGUACAAAUGUCAGCAGUCAGUUAAAAUUUUGGCUAUUUGUCAGUUGUCAGCUACAUUUUAGGCAGUUUGUUAGUUGUCAGUUAAAUGGUUAUUAAUGAUUAACGAUGAAACUUAUUUGUAUUUUUUUUUGAUGCGACUUCUAGCUUGAAAGGCACAUAUAAUGUAAAUUAAACACAAAUUCGAAAACUGAUGCAAUUGUACCAAAGUUUUUUAUCAGUUUUGCUAUUGUACAUAUAAGCAUUUCAAGUGAGCCUCCAUUUCUUAAGUCUUUUCCAACCAUUAAAUAAGCCAAUCAAAAUUUAUACCUUCAGAAUAUUGUACACGCAUCAUGCCUGUGGACUAAAGACAUCAAUCUCAGGCAUCGAGGACAAUCCUUAGUCUCACGCCUGACUCACAAAUCCGGACAAAUUAUUCUUAAACACAUGAUGACUUUGUGUUCUUUUUCUUGUCGAACGAAAUCAAAGCACCCUAGAAUUGUCGUUUUUUAAAUAGCUUAGGAAGUGCUCCAUCGUCUUCCGGAAUAUCUGCGUACAUUUAAAUUUCGGUAACGUUCGGAAGUCUUCGGAAAUUCGUCGAAAAUAUUCGAGAUUAGCCGGGUUGUUUCCGGAAAUCCCGGUCAUGAAAAGGUGAAAAUCUCACGCAUUUGACUCACAAAAAGUUGGCAAGUAUAAUAUUGGGACGUAGAUUGUAAGAAGAUCAAGAAAGACCGGUAAUAACUUGCAAUUGCUUUUCUAGCGCCCUCAUUAGCAGCAUCGUAUGCCGGCGAGUUCUCAGAGGAGCCUAAAUUUGAGAUCAAAGGUCAUUUACAACAGAUGGUACAUGACAGACAUGGGUUUAACAGUAAAUAAGUAACGAAAUAUGACACUUAAGCGUCUUGCUGCUAAGAUUACCCCUAAAAACUCUUAUUUGAUCACGCUGUCUGACGAAAAGAGUGCAACAAUGCUAUUUAAGGCGUUAAAAACGGGUUUUGUAGCGGAGCUCUCGCGCGCAGCUUAGCACCAUGGGUAAGAAAAUGUGGCAUAUGAAACUCUCGUCAUACAUCGAUGAACAUUUGAUAUUUAGUGAUCAUACAUGAAUGAUCUAAUGAAAUGGCGGAGCGAGGUUGACGAGUAUUUACCAGUGUUUAAAGCUGAGAACAAAAAUAAAAUGAGAAAGGACAACCAACUGUAUGAAAUUGAAAUUCGCGAGGUCGAUAAAGAGAAGAAAAGGAUCAAAAUUCACUACAAAGGUUUUAGCGAAGAUAGAGAUGAGUGGCGUGACUAUGGUUCCUUAUUUGACCUCGAAGGAUUUCACACUGUGUCUUCACCUUCUGCACCUCAAUUUCAUUAUAGUAAAUUUCGAAUUGAUAUUUCGGUCCUGUUUUCCAUCCAUUCAACAACUUUGCUAGUGAUGUUCCUCCUGCCUUUUCUCGCACGUCUAUGAGUCGUUUGCAGUACCGAAAUCUUUUUGAAGACGUUUAGAAUACGGCUGUGAACAACAACACCGCUAACACCAGAUUCUUCAAAAAUGUAUUUCACGACAGCGGCUAUGGCGCACUCGUAACCGAUUUCUGCGUUUUUAUUCUCCUUGCCAUAAUGUAUAAAUGAGAAAACUGAAAGAAAUAAAAUGCAGACCCCGGCAAGUUAAUAUUAUAGGAUAUUAUUGACUCAAAACGCAAAUCUGAUUUUAACCUAAAAUAUUUUCACGGCUGGUAUAGUACCUUUGUAUCAAUUCACAUCCUAGGCCUCAGUACCUGAGCCAAACCUUCAAACGGAGAUAAAAGGUUCACAGAAGUACGAUGAUAUUAAUAGGCACACUUACUAGUUUAUUUCGUGUCGGAAUGAAGGAACCGUUGCUUCCCGUACCAUCCGCAUUGCCAAUUGCUUUGCUGCCCGGUAUUAAAGACAGAACCAACAGCAGCAAACACGCGACCAUUAGUAAAACUUCAGGGCCGUGGGUCCGUGGAAAAAUUUUGGUCAAUAUUGAUGAAAUUGGUACCGAAACGAGGGGAAUAUUAUACAUUUUUUAAAUCUUCCCAUUCAGGGCCUUCUAAAAAACACUCAACUUGCCAAAAGUAAUCGCCAAAGUCCGUGGAUUUUUUUCAGCAACCGACAACAAAACGAAAAAAAAGAUAUGUGUUAAACGUGUAAUUUUCGAAUUCCGGAGGUAACUUGUCAUGAAUCUUCAAACGAAAAGAUAACGAAAGGAAAAACUACAAUUUUUAGGAAUAUUUUGACCGAGAUCUACUGUGGGCGUGGUCAGUGGAAAUAUGACAGACCUGCUGUUAACAAGGAGUUUCAUAUGAAACCACCCAUCCGAGAAAAUUUGGUAAUCACUUGACCGUACACCGACCGACCGCCCGACCGCCCGAUAGUCUAUCCGCACCACAGGCAUACCAAUGUAAAUAAUUCAAUCAACAGGUAUGGCAACCGAAGUGCAACUCAAGGUUUUAUUUGGAAAGAAAUCGCAUGGCCGCCUGGACUUUAAGAAAGAAAAAACAAUAACAAAGUCGUGUCUUUUUCGACGUUAGUUUUGAUGUUUAUACUCACGUGGAUAACAGAGAAGGACCUAGAGCGAGUGAUUGAAAACAAAAGAGACGAAGUUUGUAGGAAGAAAACACGAAAAUUCAAAGCGGCGGUGAGACAAUGAGAAAUGCUAGCGGCCAGCAAGGAGCGGCCAACAAGGUGAAAAUGAGGGGCAGUAAAAAAUAAAAGCGAACAUGAACACAGCCUAGCAGCAGUACAAAGCAUUACUACUUACUGAAGUAAGGCCGGUAAAGGUCGAAAAUCAGUCGGUAUAUUGCUAUAUUCUACGUCAGUUAUUCAUAACGCAACGGAGAGGAAAAGGCAUCGGGAGAAAUAAUAGGUGUUUAUACCGGGUAAGAGCCAAUUUUUUAUUAAUACUCACAUCGGUCAUUAGUUCAUUUUGGUAAAAAAUAAUCGGAAUCGCAAAAAUAUCGCCUCUUCAAAAAUUAACAAUGUUUGUAUAUAAGGUGCUGAGGGCGAGUAUAUCAAAUGGUUUUAAUAAAGACACAGUAACAUUUGCAUUUUGCCUAACACACGCAAACGUUACCAAAAAGUCGCCAUAUGAACAUAAUAUUUUGCCAAAAAAAGGACCAACCAUCGUACUUUUUCAGAAUGUAAGCCAGAAGGGAUGUUACUUAACGCGGAACGGGCAAAGGGGAAUGGAGUUGGAGUUAAGGAAAAAAUAAACAAACAAAGUCCACGUGUGACCAUAAUAUUUACGUGAAAAAACAUGUCUAUGGUCGUAAAAGUAUAGGAAGUAAGCCAACGAAAAACUUUAAGAAAAAUAAAGAAAAGAAAAAAGAAAAACACACACAAAGCGAACCAAAAAAUAAAUUUACAUGCUAAUCAUGCACAGGAAAUUUGUUUGUUAUGAUCUUUCAUAAUUCUUAGUCUACAGAAGCAUUUUAGUAGUGUAUGGCUAAAGGCACUUUGUAAUGACUUGAGCACAGAAUUGAAUUAGAAUUAACCGCAAUAAAUUCGUGACAUAGCCACCUAUCGACAACAUUAUCAGACAUUAUUUCUACGUAUUUUCGACAAAAAAAGCUGUCCAAGGAAAAACAAAAGAAAACAGAUUUCCAACACGAAAUCCCCUCCUCAUUAGAAUGUAAAAUGAAGUGAGGCAGCGAAAGGUUGCCUUGACCAGUCGCUAUUUAACAAUUAUUCUUCGAGCCCGAAUGGGCUCUAUGUCAAUAGCCCAUGAGGCCGUAGGCCUCAUGGGCUAUUGACUCAAGAGGCCAUGAGGGCGAGAGCAAAAUCCAACUAGUUGGUCAAAAAUAUCGAGAAUAAAACAAUUUUAGCUAGUUAAAACGAGACGUUAAUCUUUUUUGCCGCCAAAGAGCCCGUGCUUUUCGCUACUAGUGGGCUAUAACAUAUAGCCUAGUAGUGGCUCAACCAAUCAGAACGCAGCAUUGAUAACAGACCACUAGUUGGAUUUUACUAAAGAUGUAUAACCUACGGCCUUCCAUCGACGAAUUCUCGCAAAAAAGUUAUGGAGAUGGAGUUAAAAUGUAAUUAUUCAAAAGCGUCAAGGUGUCUGAGAUUGAAACAGGACUGCCAUUAUCGGUCAACUUCGUCUCCCCAUUUUCUAAGUUAAAUGUGCUGGGGACUUAAUUGAUUAUCAGCAUUAUAAUUGGUCGUGCCUGAAGUUAUAAUGUUAAAUGGGUCUCAUUUGACUUUAACGUCACUAGCUGGUAAAAACGGCCAAUUAUAGUUAUCACGAAAAACAAGGGGGGAGGGGAAACAGGUGUUUUUAUCAGAAUAAACAUAUCCUCUAUGAGUUGUAGGAAAAGUUUAUUUUUUGAAAGGUUUGAUUCCUGAGAGAUAAAUCCUAUAAUGAAAGGGUUAAGUUCACUCAUUCGAAACGAGCGUCAUUGCCUCUCUAUCAGGUGAAGUACUCCGGGAGUACUUGAUAAUAUUUUACAAUUUAUAGCAACAUACGCAACAAAAUUGUGCCAAAAUUCAGCUAAUAAGGUUUGACGUGUUUGUCGACAGCUGAGACUUUAUUUCCUACAAGAUUUGUCCAUUUAGAAGAUGCGAGAAUGAUUUCAUCUUCCACUCAAAUCAAAAGACCUAUUUCAAUUAAGGUUGCUUGCGUUAAGCAUGGCAAAAUUGGUGCGUGAACCAUGUUUCAUAGCCUGCGGUGCAUUUUACACCCGAGAACUUUGGUAGACCUUUUAUGUAAGCGGGAAGUCAUAGCCAAGUUCAGAAGCCGCUUCUUUUUACAGCAUCAAGGCUAUUGAAUUGGGUUUUACCGCUACGUGUCCGGGCCAGAAUGCUGAUUAGUUCAAUAAACCAAAUCAGUAAUACUAUAUUCCAUUUGUUAUUUAUUACGCAGGUAACAAACACCUUGAAUUUGUUUUAUAAAACUCCAUCUAAAAUUACUACGUGUGCGAGCAGAACUCGUUGAAAAUUUCCAACAUUUUCAUAAUACCACAGAGCAAAACCUGGACUCAAAUCACUAUCUUAAAAAGCGGCAAAUGCAAAAGGCCUCGGUUUCAGUGUUUUGAAAUACUUUUUCUAAACGUUCUUCUGACAUAGCACUCGUGGCGUCAGUAGCUCGUCGCAGGGGUUCAUAAUUCAUUGCGGACUAUGAAUGACAUGGAUAUAAUGCAUCAUUCUUCACCGAAGCAGCCUUAAUUGAAAUAGGUGUAUAGAUAAAGUCCUCACUUGGACGGCUCAUCUUCGCAGAGAAAUAUGGCACUGACAAAUUUUACCGAAUACGAAAACAAGAAAACAAUCGGUGAACUGUACUGCUCUGCGGAAUUAAUCAGAGGUGUAGAUAACGAACUUAUCUUUCUUUCGUCGCUAACUAUUUUUCUGUCCAUUGCAGCAUUUUUGGGGAACACUCUGAUCCUAGUUGCCCUACACAAGAAAACGUCACUUCAUCCGCCGUCCAAACUCCUGUAUCGUAACCUAGCGAUAACUGAUCUCUGUGUUGGUAUCAUUGCUGAGCCUUUGGCUGUGACUUACUUUACUUCUGUUGUGAACGAAAGAUGGGAUAUUUGUUAUCACGCAAAUUGGGCAAAAGAUUUCUCAAGUUAUACUUUGUGUUCAGUAUCUUUAUUUACAUUGACUGCAAUAAACGUGGACAGACUUCUCGCCCUGUUGCUGGGGCUCAGAUACAGACAAGUUGUAACUUUAAGAAGAACGUUUAUAACUGUGAUUGCUUUAUGGAUUUUGUCCAUCGUUGGUGCCUGCACUAAUUUUUGGAAUCGUCGUAUAACUUCAUGGUGUAUAUACAUAAAUACAGCUCUGUGUCUAGUCACCACACUCUUUGCUUACACAAACAUUUUCCUCACUCUACGUCACAACCAAAUUCAUGUUGACCAUGUUCAGAGCCAUGUUUUUCCAGGACAACCAAGUUAAGCAAUUCCACUUAACAUAGCUCGAUACAGAAAGGCAGUGAACAGUAUAGCGGUCGCUUUGACACCUCAGAGAGGGAUGCCUUUGUCGAGCUACCUUGCUCGGAACUUUGCGGCUACUAUCGUUUAUUUCAACUCAUCUUUAAACCCUUUACUGUACUGUUGGAGGAUCAGAGAAGUGCGGCAAGCUGUGAAAGAAACACUAAGGCAACUCUUCUGUUGA